UUCGGUUCAAGAUAUGCAAAACGUACAAAAGAAAAUUGUAGACCUUUAUGUUCCUAGAAAAUGUGCUGCUUCCAACCGCAUAAUCACGGCAAAGGACCAUGCUUCCGUCCAAAUAUCUAUCGCUCAAGUCGAUGCGGAAGGUCGAGUAACAGGAGAAACAACGACAUUUGCUUUAAGUGGCUUUACUAGAACCAAGGGUUUGUCCGAUUCAGCUGUCAACCAAAUCUGUGAAGAAAAAGGACUAUUGAACGACCUCAAGUAGAAUAUGGGUAUCUUCCUUGAACAAUCGUGGCUUGUCCUCAAAAAGUAGGAUGAACAACUCUUAUUGGAAAGAUAAACAAAAAGUGUUUAUGAUAGUUUUC